CGGCCCGUCGCGGAGUGGGGGAAAGCUCCAAAGCCCCACUCGCUCGUCCGCCGUCGUGCCGUACGGUUCGUGUCGUGGCUUGUACGUGUUCUACGCGUCGCGCGGUGUGCUCUCGCGUCCGAACGAUCCUCGCGCACCGGUCCACGGCCUACGUUUGACAGCGGUGUAUCUCGACGCGAGCGACGAGUUGCGCGAGAUUCGUGACACCGCGAAAUCGAGGAUCAAUCCGUGUUGCAUCGUGUUACCUCGCUGUGCUACGAUUUAUAUUAUCCCCGGCCGUGGAGGACUAAACGGAUUGCAACUGAAGGACUGUGUGUGCGUGAGAUCCAUGCAACCGUCUCGAAUGGUGAGGGAGACAUCGUCGUGCGUGCAUAGGAGGAUCUUUGGUGCCCGUUGGGCGUCUAGUGGGCUGAACUACGACGACCCGGAGGAGAGACGUCAAGGUGCACCCGUGGCUGGUGCGUUACGAGAGUCGUUAGGUGCUGUGUUCGCGAUACGAAGCCGAGCUUAAGAUCAAUAGUCGAGCGUGGAAGACGCGGGCUUUCGAACGAAAGUUUCGCGUUCUCUAUAUUCGCGGAGGUUUUUCGCGCUGGCACGGAUCGUCGUCCUCGUUUGGAGAGGAUAUCGGGGAGAUCGGGAUCAGGAGGAGCAGUGCGUUGACACCUGUCCGUUGACUCCACCGGAGUCCACCGCUCAUCGCCCACUCAGUUUCUGCAUUAGCAUUAAUCGGCGGUUUCGAACGUUCGUUUUGUGACAUCCAUCCGCAUCUGUGAUCUCUCUUCGAGGAAGAAUCGUGUCGUUGUAAAAAAACGAAGAUUCGAAAAGUGAUUCGUUCUUUGAUCGGCAACUAGUUGUGUUCGCAGAAAGUGUUUAUUGUUUGUUUGUCUGUUUGUAUCGAGUAUCGUUUGCGGCACGAAGGAAUAAUUACCGUUGACCAAGAACACAGCCUACGCAUGCCGUGGAUCGAGGUCCUGAUUCUACCUUUCUUAUCCCCCAUAUGCAAGUACGAACCAAUUUUUCGACUGCUGCAUGUGACUUAGAUGGCUGGGAUCUAGGAAUUCGCAAAUACUGAGUCGACUGCUCUCGAGGGUAUCAGCAGAGAACCGGAAGAAGAGAGCCGGUUCUGGCAGUGCCGCUCCCCAAUAAGCUUCCAGUUAGAUAGGCCACGAGCUUUUGUUUUUUCGUCGUGGGAAGCUGUUGGUGGGCUCGUCGGGCCCACCCUCUCAUCGGUCAAGCUGGCGAGCGCUCUAACCGCUGGUAUGAACCCCCACCACCCGGGCCACUCCGCAGCCUACCCGCAUCAUCCCUCGCUCUCGAGCAGUCCCCAUCAUUCUGGGCCCCAUCAUGGCUACAGCACCGGUGGAGGAGGCGGUGGGGGCGGUGGUGGCGGCACCACCACCACCCCAGACCUGCCAAGCCCCCACUCGCCACCUCAUGGCCCCGCCAUCGACCCAGCCACCCCUUACGGCUCCCUUCAGCCUGGACAGGGGAUGGGCAGCAAUGGACAUCAUCACGGCGGUGCUGGAAUGAUGGCCGAUCAUCCACAUCACCCAGGCCACCCUCACCCCCACUUACCAAGUCAUCCAGCUUAUCCACCGGUUAAUCACAACAAUAACUGUACGCUUAAGCAAGAAGGAGGCCCAAGCGGACCAACGGGGAUCCAGCAAUGCGCCGGUUGCGGCGGUCAAAUAGUAGAAAGAUGGCUGUUGCUCGCAAUGGAUCGGUAUUGGCACAACGGUUGCCUCAAGUGCUCGUACUGUGGCGCGGCACUGGCGGAAAUCGGCCACUCGUGCUACACCAGGAGCGGCAUGAUCCUCUGCAAAAGCGACUACAGAAGGAUGUUUGGAAGUAGUGGUGCUUGUGCAGGUUGCGGCAACGCGAUACCUGCCACCGAGCUGGUAAUGAGGGCGGGUGGAUCGGUAUUUCAUCAGAAAUGCUUCACCUGUAGCAAAUGCGGAAAUCAACUGGUUUCCGGCGAUAGGUAUUACUUGCUAUCGGGGUCACCGGUAUGCGAGACGGAUUGGCACAAAAUCGUGAAAUCGUCGAGCGUAGCGGCCGCGGCCGCCGCGGCAGCGGCCGGAAACGGUGGUGCACCGGUAAGAAAAGGUAAGGUCGGUCGGCCUCGAAGGAGUCGCGAAUGAGGCGGCAACCCGGUCGGUCGCCCGAAGAAGGUACAAGCCUCUCCACAGCCUACGCCCGCCGUCGUGCCCUCUCAGGUCGACGUCGUGGACGUGGCCGUCGGAGGGGAUCCCUAUUCGCCGCCUCCGCCGGGUCAUCAGCAGUACCACCAUCAUCACCACCACCAUCACCACCAUCAUCAGAUGGGAGUCGUACAUCCGGGACUGGCGGUACAGCAAACGCACCUGCAGGCGUCCACCUAUCAGGACUGGUCUCCGUGGGCACAGGACACCUGCGACUGAACAACCUUAACCCUCGUUGAACCUCGAGGCCGUCUCCCGGCUGAACGAAUCCUCUCCUGGCUCGGGCGCCGCCGCCGUUCACUUCUUCAACGUUCCGUUCCACAUUCAGCGUGGAAGAAUAAAGAGUGUUCUUAACGAUCUUUCAUCACUGGAAUCGUGAACUCCUGCUUCGGUUAGCCGGUUCGCGUAACUGUUUUCUCUCGCGGUUAGAACGAAUUUUCGUGACUCGCCUUUUUGUGAACAACGCGAACCUUGUGCAAGAGGGGACGAAGGGCCGAGCCUGGGAUACCUGGUGAACGAGAUUCUCGUUCCGAUUGUGAAACUCCGAAGAACUCCGUUGAAGAGAGAAAAAUAUGUUUCUUGUUCGUCUUUCGACGUGUCCCCGAACGCGUGUUCGACUCGGUGUUCGGCCGCGCGCCAUGACUGCUGCGCGCGCAUCCGCGCGAUUCGAUCCCCUCGAGGGCGAUCGAGACUAUCGAUAACCUCGAAUCGUGCGCACGGCCACCGCGUGGAGCCGCUGUAAGCAUCUUUCUCAACUGGUCUCCCUUCCCUAAUCGAUAAUCUUUGCUCAAUCACGGAAAAUUGAGGGUAAUUG